AUGUUCGCCAAGAUCACCAUCCUCGCCCUGAUCGCCUUCAGCAUGUGCCCGGAAAUGGAGGCCCAAUAUGUCUACGCCCCAGCUGCUGCCUACGCCUACUCCCCAUAUGUGUACGGAGCUUACGGAUACGCUGCUGCAUAUCCUGGGGUCUGGGCUUACGGAUCUAACAAGGGAAAGGAUGGCGAGCAGCCGAAGCAACCCACCGGCCCGUCUGGGCUGACCAACAAUCAG